CUCAGCUGAUUGUACAACCUGUGAAGCAAAUUAAUUCCUAGACCACUUUGCUGAAAAAUGAACGGUGACUAACUCAAGGCCAACAAGUUACAACACCAACAGCAGAACGUUUUCUGGACAAGACGGCUAGUUAGCAAAACACUGUUUAAUGCAAAAUGUCUAAUGAAGAAAUCUAAUAGCAGACUUUCCUCAAACUUUUAGCUGUUCUCGUCGGGGGAGGGGGGCAGUGUCUGUGCGGCAGCCAUGAUUGUUGUCCUUCCUUCAGUCUUUCAGAAACGUUGAGGAGCUGAACGUCAGCUAAUUCUGACUGCAUGUCUCUAAACGUUUCAUCCCUGAGUCGUCUUCACCGCUCACUGAAUGCCGAUUAAUAGGUAUGCCAAAGGAAAAAUAUGAUCCCCCGGAUCCUCGCAGAUUAUAUACCAUCAUGUCAGCCGAGGAGGCAGCCAAUGGGAAGAAGUCACACUGGGCAGAGUUGGAGAUCUCUGGGCGGGUGAAGAGUUUGAGUAGCUCACUCUGGACACUGACACAUUUGACCGCAUUGCAUCUUAAUGACAACAGCCUUAGCCGCAUUCCCCCCGAAAUUUCCAAGCUCCAGCACCUGGUCUAUCUGAACCUGUCCUCCAACAAACUGCGCAGCUUGCCGGCAGAACUCGGAAACAUGGUGUCUCUCAGGGAAUUGCUUUUAAAUAACAAUCUUUUACGGGUUCUGCCUUAUGAGCUUGGGCGGCUGUUCCAGCUACAAACCCUAGGUUUGAAAGGAAAUCCUUUAUCACAAGAUAUCCUCAAACUCUACCAGGAGCCUGAUGGAACCAGAAAGCUCCUCAAUUACAUGCUUGACAAUCUAGCAGUACACCCAGAACAACUUCCCCCAAGACCCUGGAUCACUCUGAAAGAACGAGAUCAAGUUAUCCCCACAGCUGUGUUCACUGUCAUGUGUUACAAUGUGCUGUGCGACAAGUACGCCACAAGACAGCUGUACGGCUACUGUCCAUCCUGGGCACUCAACUGGGAGUACAGGAAAAAGGGAAUCAUGGAGGAAAUUGCCAACUGUGAUGCUGACAUCAUCAGCCUUCAGGAAGUUGAAACCGAGCAAUAUUACUCCCUUUUUCUUCAAACGCUGAAGGAGCGUGGAUAUGAUGGUUAUUUCUGUCCAAAGUCCCGUGCCAAAUUAGUGUCGGAGCAAGAGAGGAAACACGUGGAUGGCUGUGCAAUAUUCUUCAAAACCGAGAAAUUUACACCAGUGCAGAAGCACACUGUAGAGUUCAAUCAGGUUGCAAUGGCAAACUCCGAAGGAUCAGAAGUCAUGCUAAAUCGAGUAAUGACAAAAGACAACAUUGGUGUAACAGUAUUGUUGGAAGUCAAUAAGGACAUCUUUUCUGGUGGGACGAAGCCCUUGCAGGAAAAACAGCUCCUCCUGGUGGCCAAUGCGCACAUGCACUGGGACCCUGAGUACUCGGACGUGAAGCUGAUCCAGACAAUGAUGUUCAUCUCGGAGCUGAAGAGCAUCGCUGAGAAGGCCUCUGGGUCGGAGGCAUCCAGCUCUCCCACGUCUGAGCCCAUCCCCAUCCCCAUCGUCCUGUGUGCAGAUCUCAACUCCCUGCCUGACUCAGGCGUGGUUGAGUAUUUGAGCAAUGGUGGUGUGGCAGAAAACCACAAGGACUUCAAAGAGCUGCGGUACAAUGAAUGCCUGACCAACUUCAGCUGCAACGGGAAGAAUGGAAACUCUGAGGGAAGCAUCACACAUGCCUUCCAACUGAAGAGUGCGUACGAGAACAACCUAAUGCCUUACACCAAUUACACCUACGACUUUAAGGGUGUGAUUGACUACAUUUUCUAUUCCAAGACUCACAUGAGUGUUCUGGGCGUGCUCGGGCCCCUGGAGACACAGUGGCUGACCGACAACAGCAUCACGGGCUGCCCCCACCCCCACAUCCCCUCUGACCACUUCUCCCUGCUCGCCCAACUGGAGCUGCACCCUCCCCUCUCCCCCCUCAACGGGUUGCACCUGCCCAUGCACAGGUAGUGCAGCCCCGCCCUCUUCUGCUCCAAAGGACCUGUACAGCUGUAGAGUCACACCCUAGACCCCCCUGCCCUGGAGUGAAGUGUAUGGCCUUCAUACCGACCGGCCUUUUCAAGCUGCUCCUUUUUAACUUCUGCACAUGGAUUUUAUUCAUUUAUUCUCCAAAGGCUUGAUACCAAAUCAGGGUUGGGAUGCUUAUUUUUGUCCGUCUUGUCAGAGACAAGCUGCUUUAGGUGUAAGAAGUAAUAAUUGUCUGACUUUAAAAACGUUCACCUGGAGUAUCAGUGUUUACCUUUAAACUGUUGGUGCUUCACUGCUUCAUGCUAUUUAUCUCCAGCUGUGUAUUUUGUCAUCGCUGGCUAAAACAACACUCAUAAGUGUGCCAACUGGAUUUUUAAACACUAUUAAGUGUGAACACACUCACGUCUUGAGAAACUACCUGAAAAUUAUUCUUGCACAUUGUCCGUAAUUAUUUAUAAACAAUGGCCGUGGAAAAAUUAGAAAUCAGCAUCCCAGCCCUACUCAGAAGAGAAAUACAUUUGAUGGUCUCAUGUUGCUGUAUCUUUACUAUGCAUUGUCUUGCGUUUUAUUUGCUUGCAAGCAGUUUUCUUCUGAAUCAAAGCAGUGUUACUUCCAGGUGAAAUUGCUGCAAGUCACCCCAAGUUACUGUAGUGUGUCCGUUCUUCCCAUUACAACUGAAAUCAUGAAGCUAGCAGUCACAUCAGGCCUUUGCAGAUCAACACAUUCAGUUGAAUUGUGCACAGUUUGUUUGUGGACAUUCUAAAAUGCAUAUUCUGCACCUACAACUUUGGUCUAUUGACUAUCAUUUCAUUUGUAAGAAUCCCCCCUCUCUUACCACAAUGUUGUAAUAUUACACUGUCUUUAGCUUGACAUGUGUCUACAGUAUGUCUCGCUUGUGGGACAUUUUUAUUUAAGGUAUUUGCCAAAAUUAAUAAUGAAUAUAAUCAACAGAGCUCUGGGCUUGAGCAUUUAAAAGCUUUUGGAUAUAUUUAAAAACAUUUCUUAAUGGUCUUUGAGUUUUCUGUUUUUUUUUUUUUUUUUUUUUUUUUUUAAAGGUAAUAUCUGGUCUAUUUAUUGUCCUGGGCCCUCUAGAUGUAGUUUUGGCAGAUUUUGACAUUCACAGAAGGUUGUCCAGGUGGUCAGUGAAGUAGAAACCUUCACGGUGGUGUAGUUUUAAACUAAAUCAUGGUUGAAUAUGCAGGGUUGUUCUCUAAAUGUCCUGCAGUGGCCUUUGUGAAACUGUCACUGUUGUUUCCCCUCAGAAAAACAUAACUUUCUGUCUAGUAGUUUAAGAUUUCUUUAUUUGGUUCUGUGUUUGCAGUAAUGCAAUUAUGCAUUUUUUAAAUAUUCUGGUUGCUGUUCUUUUUUUCUUGAGUACUUAGCAUUUAUGAAUGAAGCCAUAACAUUGUUGAAGCACAUAAGUUAUUUUUUAAUGUAUUCACAGCUUGGGACUUUAAGGUGAAAUUGCAUCCAUGAAGUGUGAGCGUUGUCAUUGAUACAUAAUUCACUGCCCGCGCACACUAUGUCUUUGCGAUACAAGCUUUGCUUCUUUUGCACUCAAGGAUGAUACUUUAACCGAAAUGCCUCAGAUUUCAACAGCUGAAUUCAGCACCUUUCUGAAGACCACAAGGCCAAUACUUCACUCCCUGCACUUUGUGAAAUCUGUUUAUAUAGACUGGAGUUAGAACUUCAUCUACAAUACAGUGAUUGUAUUUUAACAAAGGAGAUGCCCAUUUCGUCUAUUGUACAACUGAUCAGUGGAGGAAAUGUUCCAUAAUCUGCUUCAGGUCACUGUUUUCUUUCCUGCAGUCAUGGAUUUGUAUGGUGGUGCAUACACAGGUAUGCAGUGUAGGCAACCCCCUCUGAGACUGUCAAACCGAGCCCCUUGGUUUUGUCAGAAGCAGUGGCUGUUCAUACAAUAAGUGAACCUGGUUCAUGUUUCCUUUUGGUUUUGCUCCCUUUUUCUUCAAGGGAUACAUUUUUGUACGUAAAUGUAUGAAAAUUCUAUGAUACAGUGUUAAACAUUGGUGUUGAAUAUAUUCUAUAUUGGGGAGGGGUUCAUUUUAAUGGUUUUUCUUAUAUGAACAUUGUUCUCUGUGAUGACUUCUGUAGUUAUCACAGGAAAGCCAUCAAUCUCUCACCAGACAGUGCUGCAGUUCUUGAAAUUACACUUAAACUAAACCAAUGGAGUGUUCAAAUGCAAUCUAAGACCUAUCCUUAUAGAACAGCAUUUCAAGUGACUUCAGUUUUCCUAUGUCAUUAAAUAUUACAAUAGCGCAGUUACUUGGGUAAUGGACAGCAUUGGGAAGGCAACAUUUCUAUAUUUCUAUUUAAUAAAGUUGUUUUUAACAGCAUAUUCUUCCAUUUUUAUAAUAAUGUGCCUAGUUUUUAUCUCUUCAGCAGCAUCACUGCCUGCUAUGUACAGGUCAGAGACCAGCCCAUAACCUAACACUGCUCCUCGGUCUCCUGGAAAGGUGGGGGAGGGGUGCGUAAUGUAGAGUGAAAUGCUUUGUUUUAAUGGAGCAUGGUUGACACUUUUCCCUGAUUUCAGCUUUAUAGCAUGAUGGCAGUGCACAAGUGGGUGGUGCAUUCCCCGAUCCCUUUUCUUACCCUGACCUCAUACAUGUGCCUCGCAGUCAUGUCAUUCAGUGCUACAUAUCACGUCAUGCAGACGGUAUAUACACUGUAGCUUUUGAAAGGGAUCACUCAUGAUGAUGCAACAAUUUUGUUAAUUGUACGCUUUUUAUUUUAAGUGUUCCUUCUCUAUGGUUUCUUUAAGACGUGCGCAAAUUCUAACCAUUUUCGGCAGCCAUAUGAAAGUCAAAGGUAGAUUAUGUUAAAAGGCCAAGCUUCCUGGAUGAUUUGAUAAAAAAACGAGUAACUCUCAUUGUGCAAACAAGUUUACAGCUGAUGUAAACACUUCCUUUUGUUACCGAGUUGGCAAAAAUUAUCUCUACGGAAUGCUAGAGAUAUUUUCUCUUAUUGUGUGUUUGAAGCUACAGUAUAAUUUUUACAACAUAUGUUUUAAUUUUAACAAGCUUCUAGCACAACUCCCCGUGCUGUUUGAAGCUGUUUGAUGAAGAUUCUGUAAAUGAUGUGGUCGUCAUUGCAAUUUCCCGGAUAGUAGUACUGCCUAGAUUUGGAUAGGAAAGUGCAUUGUUGUCCUGCAAAAUAUUUCUGUUGUGCGAAUUUUGAAUGUUGCUAAGAUAAGACACUUUAAAGGAGAUUUAAAGUUCUAAGUGCAGUAAAGUGUGUAGGGGGGAAAUGUUGCGAUUUGGUUAAGCACAGGGCUGUUGGUAGUAGGAUUGAUUUUGUGUUGCAGAUGAAUUCCUUCCUUCGUCUGAUAGCGUCGAGGGUUUCAUUUACUUCCCAUUUUAUCUUGUUUUUAGAAUGCUUUUCAAACCAUUUUAAUUAGGAAAUCUGUAUUUCUGAAUUAUUUUGGGUCAGUUGAAGAAUUUUAAUUGAAAGACUAUUCAGGCUUUGAAACAUACUUUCCUUUUUUCCCUCCGUAGUCAUUUGGAACGUUUCUGGUGCAGUUCAGUUGAUGUCCUGGUUUAGUGAUAUCAGUGCUUCUUGUGUAUUAAUUGACAUCCUUCAAGAUAGGAUACCGUGUGUUUGUUCUUAAUACCCUAACAUGACCAGUGUGGAGCAGACAUCAUCCACAGCAGGAACGCAUCACCAUGAGAGGUGUAUCAGCAGUUCGCCCCGUAUUACAGUGCUCUAAGGAAGGGAAACUUUAAAGUCUUGCAAUGUUUUGGCUCUUACAGUAAGUAAAUCAUAUCUACCAUCUGCAUACGUGUGAAUAUUAAGUGUUUCAGCUGCACUGCAUGGUAUUUUGUUUUGCAAAGAUGUUUCUUGGUGCAAUCCAUUUUUAACAAAAACCAAAGUCAUUUUGAUGUAUUCAGCUAUGUACUCAUCUUUGGUUGUGCACACCAAAGAUGAAUAAUUGACGCUGAGUGUUUAUACAUCAAAAGGGUCACUUCCUUCCCAGGAGCUCUGACAGUAACACUCUUCUUGAUACUGACCAGCUCUUCCCCCACUGUGUCCUCUGUAGAGGUGCAUCUGGACAGCACACUAAACCUCUGUGCAGUGUUCAGUAAGUGCUGUGCUGGUACUGCUGUUUGGCAGGUCCAGUGUGCAACACCAAUUUUGGCAUCGUAACCCGAACACAGUGGGUGCUCUGUUGCUAGCUUUUUAUCCUGGUGCUAUGGUGGCCUGCUGUUGUCAGUGGUUUUGUGAGGUGAGGUUUAGAGCUUUUGAUCAGUAUGAGGGCAGAGCUCAGUUGGCCUUGGAAGAAAGCUGUCCAGAUUAGUUGCAUUAGCAGCUCUUCAAGGGAGUUUCUUUUUCCUGCAUUGUCAAAAUGUGUUUUAUUUCAAGGACUGUGGUGUUCAUGCCCCAUGGAAUGCAUUACAUCAUAGUCCCCCACUAAUUAUUUCACUUUGGAUUAUGUUUCUUGCCACUUCCCUGUUGUUGGCAAUAAAAUGCCGUUUUCAAAACCUG